GUGAAUCAAUGUUCCAUGGAAAAGGAGUGCUGUAUUUCCCCAAUGGAAGCAAAUAUGAGGGAACUUGGGAGAAAGGAAUAUGCAAAGAGGGAAGGUACACAUUUUCUGAUGGCCUGGAGUAUAAAGAGACGGACUGGGAUUACUAAGACAGGCGGUUCUUCUCUGAGAGGUGUAAUGGGCUCAAACCAGCAGGAGAAUUCCUGUUAACUGAUCGGGACCCCCUGCAGGCCAUCCCUGAUGGUUGCUAUGACAGCGGCGAUGGCUUUUAUGAUCCCAGCACUAGAGUCGUCAAAGACUAUGAUUGCAAUUUUCUCAGGAACACAGACGACCAAGAACACGAGUGGAUCGUGCAGACCUGCAGGAAGAGCUGGGAUGAGUUUAUUGGCCGCUGUCCAAGAAGCAACACACUAGAGGAGAAACUUGGCAUGUGAAGAGGAUGGACCGCAAAUCACACUAUUCAGAAUAGAUCCUGAUUCUCGUGACAUCACUUCAAGGUGAAGAUGUUAAAGGCUGCAGGAGAUGAAACCGAGGACUUUCACAUCGAGCAACAUGUUGGCUACUUCUCCGCUGAAACCAGCCUUUUCUAUCCAUGCAAUUAAAUGGAGAAUAAUAAGCAUAACUGCAUUUUCAUCCACACUUGAACAGGAUACGGUAAAAGUCUUACCUGUU